AUGCGUGAUUUUAUAGCUAUCCAUAUACUCGUACUUAUGGGUAUUGUCUCAAUGCCUAGUUACCUAGACUAUAAUAGCAGUAGAUUCCGGUAUGCUCCGAUAGCAGAUGUAAUGAGUUUAAAACUCUAUCAACAGAUUGGUAGAUUUUUACACUUUGCUGAUAAUAGCUUAGAAGAUACUGAUAGAUAUUACAAAGUAAGACCAAUAGCAGAAAAGAUAAGAAAAAACUGUUUGCUGCAAGAAAAUGAAAACAAAUUUAGUAUAGAUGAGAUGACGAUUGCUUAUAAAGGAAGAAAGGCAGGCAACAGAAAGCAGUACAUGAAAGAUAAACCCAACAAGUGGGGAUUCAAAAAUUACGUGCGAGGUGGAAGUUUUAUGGGGUAUAUAAAAUGUAACCCUGGAGAUAAAAUUAAAAAACUCUUUAAUACAGAUAAACCUUUAUGCAAGACCACCGUGACAGCAAUUGUAGGCGCAGCUAUCAAUGAAGCAGUUAGAAUCAGUUGUGAAGUCGACGCCUUCCCACUGCCGAAAAACUUUCAAUGGACACUCAAUAACACGUUGGGAACUACUGAGUUAGAUGCAGGAAAGUUCACUAUAGAAAAAUCGGGUAGAUCAAUUCUCAAGUACGUACCAAUUUCUGACAUGGACUAUGGGUCAUUGGCCUGUCGAGCUACAAACUUGGCUGGACAACAAAUAGAGCCUUGCAGAUACACCCUGCUACCGGCCGUCAAGCCUGACCCUCCUGCUAACUGUUACACCUUGAACUUGACUGAUGACUCAGCCGAAGUAAAGUGUGUUGCUGGCUACGAUGGAGGUCUCCAAACUACGUAUUUUGUGGAAGCAUGGGAAUCGGAUGAAUUAAUAGCAAAUAUGUCAGCAAUACUUCCUUUUUGGAAAUUACAAGGGCUGAGUUCGGGAAAGGCAUUACAACUCGUGUUUUACGCUAAAAAUGCGAGGGGGAGAUCUAAAAUAACUACGCUUAGAAUACACACGUCGAGAUUAGCUUUACAUACGGAAGAGAAUUAUAUGAUAAUUGACCCAAAAUGGGCUCUGGGUAUAGUAGUGGGUGCAUUGGGUACGCUUGCUGCUGUUGCUGUAAUUAUCAUCUUGCCUCGACGGCUUCAGAGGCCUUUGGGAUGUGAUGUUCCAUUACAAACUAUGAAAGUUUGUAAAGAUGCAAUUCAUAGUUCCAACCAUUCCCCUGUACAAGAUGACAAGAACCCAGACGUAGUACCUCUCGGAAAAGACUUCAAUUAUACAAGGGAUUCUGAGCUCCCUCCGGAACCUCCGCCUUACGGGAUAGCCCUAUCGAAUAUUCAACCGGUGGGUGCGUCCAAAUCCAUACACAGUCUCCACGAUCGAGCGAACACACCGCAUACUCUUAAUACGCCUGGGUCCGAUGGACAGAGCAUCAGUACACUUACUGAAGAUCGCAGGAGUUUGACGAGUGGAACACUAUCACGGAGGAGAGAGGUCGUCACGACUCGGACCACACUCUUAACUAACGCGAGAGAGAGUUGUGUGUAA